GUUCCGUAGUUCAGCUAGCAGCUAGCAGUAGCCUGGAGACACCUGGAGACACCUGGAGAGCAGCAGCGGCUUCCAGGUGUCAGGUUCUGGAUCAUGAAGCAGGUAAUGGACCCGGUACCGUUUUGCCGGUUCAGUUGCGCUUUACUGAUGCUGAAAUAAGUUCAGUUCGGUUCCGCCCGAUCAUCCUGAAGUUCUGCUUCCUGCAGGAAGAAGGGUGGUUCUGUUGGACUGGAGGUCCAGGUUCUGCUCUGAGAUCUGCUGAGGUGUUCUGGAGGUCCAGGUUGCUGUAAUAGAGACCUUCAGCUGGUCUGGACUGAUGGUUCUGGUUUCUCUUCCUCCUCUGGACAGCAGCCCAUAGAACCUCUGGGUUCGGGUCAGACCUGGUAGACGCUGGCAGAACCCAGUGGACCAGAACCCAGUGGACCAGAACCAGCAGCUGGCUCCUCAAACUUCACAGUGGACCUCAGGAGUUCUGGUUCUGAACCUCUCUUCCUCUGGACUCUGGGACCUUGGUUUCUAAAUGAAAAGUAACUUUGGACCCUGAGCAAGGCCCGGUUCUGUUUCAGCUUUGACUCAGAACUAAGUUCUGUCUCCAAAAGUUGUUCAGGGCCACAGAUCGGACCGCCGUGAGCGGGUCAUCGGUACCACCACACCGCUGCAGAACGGGUCACUGCUCUCUGGCCCGGCCCGGGUCAGCUCGGGUCGGACCGGGUCGGCCCGGCCUCGUCUCGUUGGACUUUGGCAAAGCUGGUUCUGUUUGCUGGUGUUUUUCAGGUGACUCCGGUCUGACAGAACCUCAUGGACCGACUGGGCCAGAAGUGUCGACCCGACCGGGUCAGCGAAUCCUCCAAGAUCUUCCGCUCGGUGGACCGGGCCGUGGAGGUUCUGCAGGGCUUCAACGAGCAGCGCCAGAACAACCGGUUCUGUGACGUGGUUCUGGUGGCCGGCGGCCGGCGGGUCUCUGCACACCGGGCCCUCCUGGCCGUCUCCAGCCCGUACUUCCACGCCAUGUUCUCCCUGGGCAUGAAGGAGGAGCACCAGCAGGAGGUGGAGCUGGGGGGGCUGUCGUACGGGGGUCUGAAGGCCGUGGUGGACUUCCUGUACAGCGGCGAGCUUCUGCUGGACGGAGGAAACGUCCACGGCGUGCUGGAGGCAGCUCACCUGCUUCAGCUGUGGCGCACGGUGGAUUUCUGCUGCCAGUACCUGGAGCAGCAGGUGAGCGAGGACAACUACCUGUACCUGCAGGAGCUGGCUCAGCUCUACAGCCUGGAGCGCCUGGACAGCUUCAUCGACCACUUCGUCCUGGCUCGCUUUGCCUCGCUGUCUUCUGCUCCUGACUUUCUCCACCGCGUUCCUCUGCACAAGCUCUCCUCCUACCUGUGCAGCAGCCAGGUGCAGCACCACAGCGAGCUCGCCCUUCUGCAGGCCUGCCUGCAGUGGCUGGGCCACAGCCCGGAGCGCCCCCCCCACGCCAGGCAGCUCCUGUCCCACAUCCGCUUCCCGCUGAUGGCGCCGGGGGAGCUGGUGAGCCAGGUGCUGCCGGCGAUGCGGGCGCUGCUGCCAGAGGGAGGCGUCUGCGAGGAGCUGGUGGAGGAGGCGCUGACGUACCACGCCAGGCCCAGCGCUCAGCCGCUGCUCCAAUCAGGACGCACCGUGCUGAGGGGAGGGGUGGAGCGGCUGCUGCUGAUUGGAGGAGAGGUGUGUGAGCGCGGACAGGAGCUGAGCGCCAGCGUCUGCCGGCUGGACAGCCAGACGGGAAGCUGGGAGCUGGAGACGGAGCUGCCGGCCCGGCGCAGCCACCACUGCCUGGCGGUGCUGGGGGGCUUCAUCUUCUCGGCGGGGGGCAGCUCGUCCAGAGACGGCGGGGAGGAAGCCGCCUGUAACCUGCUGCACCGAUACGACCCGCGCCUCAGCCAGUGGACCCAGGGCGCCCCCAUGGACCAGCGGAGGGUGGACUUCUACCUGGGAGCCGUGGGGGAACACCUGGUGGCGGUGGGAGGCAGGAACAGCAGCGGCGCGCUGGCGUCUGUGGAGGUCUAUCACCCUGCAGAGGACCGCUGGUCCUACCUAGCUCCACUCCCCAGGCCCACCUACGGUCAUGCCGGUACCGUCCACCAGGGCCUGGUCUACGUCUCAGGCGGCCACGACCACCAGAUCGGCCCGUACCGCCCAGAUGUUCUGAGCUUGGACCCGAACCGGGUCGGGUCGGCGUGGGCGCAGCGCCGGCCCAUGUGGGCGGCGCGGGGCUGGCACUGCAUGGCGUCCCUCAAGCAGCUGAUCUACGCCAUCGGCGGCAGCGACGACCACGCCGACACCGCCGAGCGCUUCGACGUCCUGCAGGUGGAGAGCUACGACCCGCGGGCCGGCCACUGGACCCGGCUGGUACCGCUGCUGCGGCCCGGCAGCGAGGCGGGCCUGGCGGUCUGGGCGGGGAAGAUCUACGUUCUGGGCGGCUACAGCUGGGAGAGCAUGGCCUUCUCCAGAGUCACGCAGGUGUUCGACCCGGACGCCGGGUUCUGGUCCAGAGGACCGGACCUGCCCAGGCAGGUAGCCGGGGCGUCGGCCUGCGUGUGCGAGGUCCGGCCGGCGCCGGCAGCGGAGAGCAAAACGGACCGAGGGCUGAGGGGGAGACCGACGUAGAACCUCAGAGGAACUGGUUCUGUUCCUGCGCUCGGGUCAGAACCUCUGCAGCUUCUCAGCCGGACAGAGGGGUUCUGCUCGGACCGGACCGUGGGACUGUUUUAAGAAGCAGGCGGGUCGAGCAGCACCAUGCGCCGUUCAUCUGGGGCCGGGUCCAGAUUCUGGUCCAGAUUCGGGUCCAGAUUCUGGUCCAGAUUCUGGUCCAGAUUCUGGUCCAGACCGGGAGCAUUUAAUGCGAGAAACAGGAAACUUUAUUUCUAUAGAUUUAAAUUUGGGGUCUAAGGUUGAAAAAGGUUGAAAUGUUGGAGCCGCUUCAAAGUUCUGGGUCCAGUUCUGGGUCCAGACCCGAUGUUACCCUCAUCAGAACCGGUAUUUGGGCUUUUGAUUGUAUUUAAAUGUGUUUCCAGGGUAGAACGGCGCCGCAGCGAUGGAUAAAGACCCAUUAGGAGCAAAAGCUUGGAUCAGUUCUCAGAAUUCUGCAGACGGGUCCAGUAAACGGGUCCAGUAAACGGGUCCAGUAGACGGGUCCAGUAGACGGGUCCAGUAGACGGUUAUAAUCAGAGAUCACGGCAGCAGGACCAGAAGUGUUUGACGGCACCAGAACACCAGGAGAGCCGCUCUGCAGACUGGAUCUGGGUUCUGUGACGGGUCAGAGACCAGAACUUCGCUGCGACCCAAACUGCUGAGUGAAGCUAAAUCUGCUUGAAACGGAGAAGAAAAAACAGUCCGAAGAGAUUAAAGAGUGGAAACAUUCGGGUCUUGGCCCGGUUCUGGCUUUUAUUGGACUG